GGACAUCUCCACACGACACACUGGGGGUCAGUUCUGAUGGUGCAGCACGUUCGAGCAGCAACACGGACGCGCCCAAGACAGUAUCAGGGCAGCGAACGGAAGUAGCAGCACUCCUUGGAGGUGUCCAAACUCUACAAGAAGCAACAGAACUACAGAAGCGUAUCGUCUCAUGCAAUGCUAUUUUUGAAUCAUUUGGAAACGCUGCCACCAGAAGAAAUCACAACAGCAGUCGAAUUGGCCGGCUCACGCUCCUCCAUUUUGACGGCGGAGGCCUUCUGAGGGGUGGGAGUUUGAGGACAUACUUACUGGAAGCGUCCCGCAUCACGGCACACAAAAGAGGCGACAGGAAUUUCCACGUUUUCUACCAGCUAUUGCGAGGCACGGCUGACGAUCUACGGAGGUCUAUGAGGCUGUCAAAUGACGAGGAAGCGUAUCGGAUCUUGAGGCCUGUAGAAACCCACAAUUUCCUGCAGAAGCUUUUCUCCAAAGAGCAGCAUGCAGCCCGCCGAAGCGAGGUGGACGCCGUGGAAAGCAAUGUUCAGGUUCCCCCUGAUGUCGAUCAGGAAAAUUUUGAGUUAAUGAUGAAAGGAUUCGAGCUUGCGGAGUUCUCAGCUGGUGAAAUCACUGAAUUGCUGCAUUUGCUGGCGGGGCUUCUUCACCUGUCCAACGUUUCUUUUAUGAAGGACGAAGACGACAUUUUGCAGCUUGAGGAUACAGCGUCCCACGAGGCACUCAAUAACGCGUCUUUGCUUCUUGGGCUGCAGGAUGAGAAGCUCAAAGUUUUGCUGCAGUGUCGCUGUAUGCACCUCAAGGGAGAUGCCCUGUUCACACACAGAAAUGAGCAGCAAAGCGCCUGUGCCCGCUCUUCGCUUAUCAAGUUCAUCUAUAGCCGCCUUUUCGACCACAUAGUGAAUCGACUAAACGACAGCGUUGCACAGCACCUAGCAAAUCCUGAACCGCAGGAAGGAGGAAGCAUACCAGCAAGCAAGACAAUUGGGAUACUCGACAUAUACGGGUUUGAGUCCUUUGGACUGGAAAAUGGACUGGAGCAGCUCUGCAUCAACUACGCGAACGAGAAGCAACAACAGCUCUUCGUCCAGCAGGUCAUAGAGGAAGAGGUGGCCCUGUACACUAGAGAAGGAGUCACGAGCCCGGCAGUUGCAGCAAGAAACAAGGCCUCUCAUCAGCGCUCCAACGCAGAGCAGGAGACAGAACAGCAUCUGACAAGCGAAAAAGCAAAACCGCCGGGGUCGUUCAAGGCAGAUCUUGAGCUCAGUCUCCUCUCGAGCUUGCCCGACACCUCCGCAUUGCUUCGCGAUUU